UUCGACUUUCGACCACUCGACAGUCGACACAGCCAGACCAGAGAGAGAGAGAAAUGGACAACAUCAAAGCACCACCCAUGGCAGAUUCCCUCGUCCUUUCAUGGAUGACGAGGUUUGUCCUGUACGUGGUAACUGCGGUUUCUCACUUUGCAUGUCGUCCCGACGGCACCAUCAAUCGUCGUCUACUCACCUUCUUCGACCCAAAAGUUUUUCCUUAUGGGAAGCCACUGAAAGGCGUUCGAACUGCUGACAUAUCGGUGGAUCCCGCCCGAAACCUAUGGUUUCGCCUUUUCAUCCCAACGGAAUCCCCCCAUCACACAAGCCUCCCACUCCCAGUGAUCGUCUUCUUUCACGGAGGUGGGUUCGCCUUUCAAAGCGCUGACAGCAUCGGCUUCGAGAUAUUCUGCCGUCGGAUGGCGCGGAGCAUCUCCGCCAUCGUCGUCUCUGUCAACUAUCGCCUUUCGCCGGAACACAGAUUUCCGGCACAGUAUGAUGAUGGAUUCGAUGCUCUCAGGUUCCUAGACGAACAGAACUUUGAUGGGUUUCCUGCAGAUGCCGAUCUCAAGCGGUGCUUCCUUGCAGGCGACAGCGCUGGGGCCAACUUGGCCCAUCACGUAGCCUGCCGUGCCAGCAAAGCGGAGUUUCGGGAGGUGAAGGUUAUAGGACUGAUAUCGAUCGUUCCAUUCUUUGGCGGAGAAGAGCGAACUGAAUCAGAGAUACGGCUAGUUGGGGCGCCAUUGGUGUCGAUGAGGAUCACAGAUUGGCUGUGGAAGGCAUUUCUUCCGGAGGGAUCGGACCGGGAUCACGAGGCAGUGAAUGUUUCAGGGCCUAAUGCAGCAGACAUAACGAGUUUCAACCAUCCGGCGACUUUAGUGCUUGUGGGUGGUUUCGAUCCAUUGCAGGAUUGGCAGAGGAGAUACUACGAAUGGUUGAGGAGAUCAGGAAAGGAAGCUUACCUGAUCGAGUAUCCAAAUGCGUUCCAUACUUUUUAUUUGUUUCCUGAAUUGCCCGAAUCGUCAUUGUUACUUUCAGAAGUGAAGAAUUUUGUUCAACAUCAAUCGAAGUCCAACAUAAACAUGAAGUGAAGACGAUGAUUCCUUAAAAGUAUCCAACCAUCCACGGCGCACGUACUUCACAUUGAAAGUUUGAAACCUUGGAUGGGUUUUGAGAUUCCCUCUGUUUUAGAAAAGCUCCAUUAAUUAUCAAGGCGGGAUUAGUUCCCAGUCGCUAGGAAUUCCAAUCUGAAGACCUUACCAGCUGAGUCAACUGAUACCUUCCUUAGAUCAUAAGUAGUGAGGAAGGAGUUUCUAAUAAUGUCUGUUUCUGGAUUUUCCUUUAGUUUUCCUUAAUAUAUUUGAUGUUAUCAGAA